AUGCCUCUAGAUAAAUUCUUUCGACCUCUGCUGCCUUUCGAGGUUGCUGAUUUAAUCGCAUUAUGGCACAUCCACCGAAUUCCCAUCAUCCUGUCAACGGUAACAGUCCUCAUAGUUGCUCGGACGUAUCUACAUAUACGAUGCCCCAGAUACAAAAUCCCAGAUACGCCGCCUAUUUCCCCAGCGCUGCCAGCUCUGAAUGGGAAGUCAACUCCACCCGAAAAGAAAGCAGUCGCAGCCGUAGAAAAGGCUCCCAGAAGGAUUGUGGGCGGCCUGAAGAGGAGAAAAUCGUCGCAGGAGGACAUAAAGCCAAGGAAACAGAAGAUCCGAGUGCUGGUAUUCUUCUCGUCCCUGACUGGUACUACCGAGAAGAUCGCGAAGGCAUUCACCGAAGAAAUUGCGCAAAGUACGAGGAAGAUUGCAGAGACAACUUCCACUACUUUCUUGGAGCCAGUAAUACUCGACCUAUCAUACAUAGACUAUGAUGAGUACUUUAUCAACCCGCCCAAGAAUGAUUCGGGAGCUCAGUACUUUUAUUUACUGCUGCUCCCUACGUACAACAUUGAUACCGUACUCGACAAUUUCCUUGAGCAUUUGCAGGAGACGCACAAUGAUUUCAGGAUAGAUACCGCGCCUCUGUCGACGAUAUUGGGAUACUCUGUCUUUGGAUUUGGGGAUAGAGAUGGCUGGCCGACUGAGGAAGAGGGAUUUUGCUCGCAAGCUAGGGAUGUGGAUAAGUGGAUGGCGAAGUUGACGGGGAAAAAGAGAGCUUUUCCGCUAGGAAUGGGGGACUCGAAGAGUGAUGCUACAGAGCGAUUGGCAGAGUGGAAGGAAGGUGUCGAGGAUGUCCUUGGGCAUAUCGCAGCUACAGGGUCUUUAGGUGAGGGGGUUGUGGGAAGUGGAGAUGCUGUGGAAAGUGAUAUGGAGGAUGUUGAUGACGAGGACGACGUGCUAUUUGACGACCAGAAGAUAGCUCAACGAAAGACCAAGGCUCAGAAGAAAGACGCCUUGAACGACCUAGAGGACAUUGGAAGCGCCAUGAACAAGCAAGCCUCUAUUCCAGGAGCUGACCUCGACGACGAACCCCUGGAAGUGGACUUCACAACCUACGGCAAAAAUCCGCAAUCAAAACCAACUCCAGUUAUCAAAGAGAUGGUUCCCAAAAACUCGCCCACCUACACGGCUCUCACCAAGCAAGGCUACUCCAUAGUCGGAUCUCAUUCAGGAGUCAAGAUCUGCCGCUGGACCAAAUCGGCCCUCCGCGGUAGAGGCUCCUGCUACAAAUACUCCUUCUACGGCAUCGCCUCGCACCAAUGCAUGGAGACGACGCCCUCUCUCUCCUGCUCCAACAAAUGCGUCUUCUGCUGGCGCCACGGCACCAACCCAGUCGGCACAACCUGGCGCUGGAAAGUCGACGCCCCAGAUCUAAUCUUCGACGGCGUCAAGGCAGGACAUUACCAAAAGAUCAAAAUGAUGCGCGGCGUCCCCGGUGUCCGAGCAGAGCGCUUCGCAGAAGCAAUGCGCAUUCGUCAUUGCGCUCUCUCGUUGGUAGGAGAGCCAAUCUUCUACCCGCACAUCAACGAGUUCACGGCUAUGCUGCACAAAGAGCAUAUCUCAUCCUUCCUAGUCUGUAACGCGCAGCAUCCCGAUCAGCUCGCGGCGCUCAAACCCGUGACGCAACUGUACGUAUCGAUCGAUGCCUCGAACCGUGAGUCGCUGCGGAAAAUUGACAGGCCGCUGCACCGCGACUUCUGGGAGCGCUUCCAGCGAUGUCUGGAUAUUCUGAAGGAGAGACGCUUCGAGCAGCGCACCGUGUUCCGCCUGACGCUUGUGAAGGGCUUUAACAUCGAGGAUGAAGCUGAGGGCUACGCGGAUCUGGUUGAGAAGGGCCUCCCCUGCUUUGUGGAAGUCAAGGGUGUGACGUAUUGCGGCACAUCGUCUUCCGCAGGUGCAGGGCUCACGAUGCAAAAUGUCCCAUUCUACGAAGAGGUGUGCGCCUUCGUCGAAGCUCUGAACGCCGCUCUAGCUAGACGCGGGCUCGGCUAUGGAAUUGCAGCUGAGCAUGCACAUAGCUGCUGCAUCCUGCUUGCUAGUGAGCGCUUCCGGGUUGGGGGGAAGUGGCACACGAGAAUCGACUACGUGAAGUUCUUCCAGUGUUUGGAGAGUAAAGAGCCGUUCAGGCCGGAGGAUUACAUGGGGCCUGAGACUCCGGACUGGGCGACUUGGGGCAAGGGGGGCUUCGAUCCCAGGGAUGAGAGAGUCUAUAGGAAAGGGAAGAACAAGGUUGCGCUUACGGAGAAGCAGGGUGUGGUUAUGGAGAUUUGA